AUGGUUUCAAAAGUUGCUUGUGCGGUGCUCCAACAAAACUUGCCUCUUAAAUUGAAAGAUCCUGCAAGUUUUAACAUAAACAUCACCAUGGGAGAUAAGAAAAUUGCGAAAGCUAUGCUAGACUUGGGUGCGAGUAUCAAUAUAAUGCCUUAUUCAAUAUACUUGCAACUAGGUUUGAGUGAGCUUAAGUCAAUAACUAUGACCCUUCAACUUGCGAAUAGAUCGGUCAAAUAUCCGAAGGGGAUGGUUGAGGAUUUGUUGGUGCAAGUUGACAAGCUGAUUGUUCCCGUCGACUUGGUGGUUUUGGAGAUGGAAGAAAUACCUUCGAAGAACAAGAAGCAUACAAUUUUUCUUGGUAGACCAUUCAUGGCAACAACCAAGACAAUUAUAGAUGUCCAUAAAGGGAAGUUAACCAUGACAGUCUGGCGAGAGACUAUUGAAUUUAAAGUGUUUGGUUCUCUACCUAUUCCUUAUACUUUUGCUUAUGAUGAGUGUUCUUUUAUUGAUUGUGUGGACUCACUUGUUUAUGACACUUAUUUGUAG